AAUCACCCACCGCCUCUGAGACGGCGCUGGAAUGGACACCGAGUCGACCCACUCGGGCUACUCCUACUCCAGCCGCUCCGGGAGAUCAAACCGACAUGGGGACCGAAGCCGUGAGCGUCACAAGGCCAGCAGCAGUAAAGACAGCAGCCGCUCGGAGAGAUCCGUCGUCAUCAACCCCCCCGACACACCGUCCCAGGAGUCUCCUGUUCACAACGGAGAGCCGCUGCCUGGAGAACCCACGCCUGAUGCAGAUCACGGAGACGACGCCCAGGAUGAUAACUGGGGAGAAACCACCACCGCCGUGACAGGCACCUCCGAGCUGAGCGUGUCCCAGGAGGAGGUGGUCGGCCUUGGGAAGGGGAUACAAGACCGGACCCAGGGCUUCCGCCGCUACCUUCCCCUCGCUGUGGGCCUGUGUGUGGGGCUGCUGGUGGUGACCACACCCCUGCUCUUCCUGCUCCUUCCAGCCGUAAUGUGGCCUGAUAGAUUGGAGGCCUGCGGUGCGGCCUGCGAGGGCCUCUUCCUCUCCAUCUCCUUCAAGCUCCUCAUCCUCAUGGUGGCCAUAUGGGCCUUGUUUCUCCGCCAGGGCCGUGCCAGCCUGCCGCGAGUGUGCGUGUACCGUGCCUUCCUCACCACACUCACACUUCUGCUCACCAUGUCUUACUGGCUCUUCUACGGGGUCCGGAUCCUCGAGGCACAGGACGAGGACUACCACGGCAUCGUCCAGUUUGCCGUGUCCCUGGUGGACUCCCAGCUCUUCGUCCACUACCUGGCCGUGGUGCUGCUGGAGCUCCGCCAGCUGCAGCCCUGCUACAGCGUGUGCGUCAUCCGCUCCACGGACGGAGAGUCACGUCACUACAACAUAGGACAGCUCAGUGUUCAAAAGGCCGCUCUGUCCAUUCUGGAGUAUUACUACAGAGAUUUUCCUCUCCAUAACCCAGCGCUUCUGUCUGCCUCGAAGCACCGGGCCGCCAAACACCUGGCCGGGUUAAAGGUCUACAACGUGGAUGCCCCAGGAAACCCAGCCGGGGCUCAGGCUGCUAAUGGGAAUCAGUCACGGGCCAUGGUUACAGCUGCCGCCAAACGCAAAGACAGCGCCCACAAUGAGCUGUACUACGAGGAGGCCGACUAUGAGAGAAGAGUCCGCAAACGCAAAGCCAGGCUGGUGGUGGCCGUGGAAGAGGCCUUCACUCAUGUGCGGCGCAUGAAGAAAGAGGAUGAGCAGGCAGCCACCUCGGACAUCAUGGACGUACGAGAGGCGGCUCUGGCCAUAUUUCCCUCCAUGGCCCGUGCCCUGCAGAAGUACCUCCGCACCACCAGGAGGCAGCACUGCCACAGCAUGGAGAGCAUCCAGAAGCACCUCGCUUUCUGCCUCGUGAAUAACAUGAGCCCUAAGGCCUUCCUUGAGGCCUACCUGGCCCCUGGUCCGACUCUGCAGUACGCCCCUGAGCGCUGGAUGGCCGAUCAGUGGACUUUGAUCAGCGAGGCGUCCGUCACCAGCGGCCUCAAGGAGGGGGCAGAGUUCCUGCUAAAGUGUCUCGACUUCAGCUUGGCCAUCACCAUCAAGAGCAUCCCUUUCAUCCGAAUCACUGAGGAGUACAUCGACCCCAAGUCCCACAAGUUUAUACUGCUGCUCCAAUCAGAAACCUCCGUUUAACAGAGCCCCUGCCUGCCGAUUGCUGGACUUGCUACCAUGUUCUGACUGAAUUUUUUGAAAAAAAUAGCAUUUUGUACCUCCUUUUUUUGUACUUUGUUUGUGUUAUUUUUCUCACAUAGAAUAUCUCAGUGUCCUUGUCGUUGUCCCGGGAGACAUAGAAGACAAUAAAAGACAGAAAACAGGAGGGAGUAUGAUUGGAUUUCUCUAUCUUGACUUUUGCAGAACACAGUUCAGGUAUUCCUCUAUGCACUUCAGAUGACCCUCCACUUUACUUGCAUGUGCCAGUGUGUGCCUGCGUGGGAGAGUUUCAGGAGGAGUGUGUGAUUUAGGAUGCAAAGGUCUGUGUGUGUGUGCGUAUUGAGUAUAUUAUACACCCGGGGUUUGUCUUCUUAGCCUGUCUCCCCUUUUCUUUUUAGCGUUACGUAGUGACCAGGAUAUUUAAUACAAAAACUGAACCCUUUUCACCAAAACUGCUCUUUUUCUGUCUUAGCAAUGAAUAUUUAUCUGUCCUGUAUCACACACUUAUGUACAGUAUUUAUAUGUGAAUAUACCGUAUCCUCAAUUUUAUAUGAAAUCGUGUUCUGUUUGAAGGAUUUCUUUUUUCUUUAUUUUUUACUGUAUCAAAGUUUUUUUUUUUACCUUGUCUGUCUGCACCAUAUUUGUGGAGAUAAACUGGACUGUAAAUAGCUGAAGACACGUUUUGUAAAUGUCGGACAAAGAAAAAAAAAAGCCAAACGCAGUCGAGCUGAAAACGCGACGGUCUAGCCAAUAGAUUGUGAAGAAACAGAUGUGACUUGUCAUUAUGUUUUGUACAGUUAAGUGUGUGCAGUGUACACUGAUCAGAGGGACGUCAUGUCGGGACAGGUCAUUUAGAUUUUAUAUCUGCACUCGUGAUGUUUCAUUCCGGAACAUUUCCCCCUGAUUUGGAUCGAGGAGGACAUUUCAUUUCCUCUGUGUGUAACAGCAAAGUGAAACACGCUGAUCCCUGAGGUUCUGACAAUGUAUUAAACAUACAAAUAGUUCUUAAACACAGAUCUCAGGAGGCGUUUCAAAAGAUUGGACUUUUUCCCUGAAAUAAAAUCCCCAUCCAAUAUUAAUGGUCUCUUAACUCACGCUGGCAAGUGUUAAACGUGUUAAGAUUUGAUAAAUAAGUAAUUAUUGUCAGUAUUUCUGCUGUCAGUAUUCUGUGUGUAGACACUGCUGCCACCUAUCUGCAACGGCUGGAACAUAAAACUGUGCUGUGCGUCAAUGAAACGGUUGAUUUCUCUGAAUAUUGGGUCUGUAUUUUUUAGAUCUUCUGUAUGUGGGAGGCGUGUUGUAAAUUAAUAUUUACACAAUUGUUGCUGUGGUCACUGACCGUGUGGUUUUGUUUUAGGGCUGUGUUGUAAAUACUUAUCGACUACACGUGCCUCAGUUUUACAUAUCUAGGAGCUGAACAGCAUGUGUGUGUCUGUGUGCGUGUGUGUGUGUGUGUGAGAGAGAGAGAGAAAGAAAGGAAAAAUGAUGAAGAAAAGAAAAAGUUUCCCACUUGUCAUGCAGCUGACACGUCCCUGUCUUCUUUUAUACAACAAAUGUAAAAUCAUAGCAGUUGUGUCAAAGUCACAUUUGUUAAAAAAG